AUGUCGAAACAAAUCACAUUACGGCCAAGUCCCUGUCAGACGGCAGACCUUACGCCUGCUCACUAUGCAAACGAGCCUUUCGGAUGGAAGAAAGCCCUCGACAACACUACGGAGCCUCGCAUCCCGGCUGUUUCUACCAGGUCCACCGAAGGAUACCUUGCCAAAUAUGCGAGCAGGACUUUGGAAGACAACGAUAUCGAGCGUAUUGUUACCAGUAGCCGUACCGGUCAGGACCUUCAUUACAACUGCAGCGGGUCCGAAUUGUCUUCAUCGACCGGUACACCAGUCUUGACCCCCACAUCAAGCGUAGCAAGCAGCCCUGUUAUGGCUGCGAUGGCAGACAGCACAGGCGAGGAACCAGUGUCUUUCCUCUCACUCGAAGCUUCCCUUUCGACCAGUGGAAUUCUCCGACCUAGACCUCCUCAGAUGUCUUCUAACCUGGAACCUUCGCCAUUCCGACAACAACCAAAAGUCCUUAGCGACUCCGCGUUGCCGGUCCGUUCUCUGUUCCACGAGUACAAAACUCCGCUGUUCCACUGCCCCAGCGCCCUCGCGAGAUCAACGCAGCAUGGGGCAUCACCCAGGAAUUUCACCACCUUGAGUGGGCUGGCGCAGCACGUUGAGAGUGGAGCUUGCGGUGAAGGAUCGGCUACGCUGAAGAAGGCGAUGGAAUUUGUACAAGAGCAUUUGGAUAAGAUGGGCCUUGGGACCAUUCGCCUGCUGGAAUGA